AUGCCUGAAUCAGCACAGACCAAGAUCCCAGUCGUGGACUUCUCCCGCUGGACUUCCCAGGCUGCGUGUAGCGCAAGAUCUCAUCGCGGCGUGCAGGGAGGUGGGGUUGUGCACAUCACAAACCACUCCCUGUCAGAGACUUUUUUGGACGAGGCGUUCGACUGGUCUGCCCGCUUCUUCGAGUUGUCCAAAAAUGAAAAACCCCAGGGGCCUCAUCCAGAGGGAUGGGUGGUUCACAGAGGCUAUUCUUGGCCCGGACUGGAGAAACUCUCGCAGGAGACCAGCGAUACCAACAACCAGGAACGGGCCAGGCAGCUGAGAGAAGUCCCAGAUGUCAAGGUGAGACAAGCCUGGCAACGCCAAUCCCGCAACUUCCCACGCAUGUUACUAGACGAUGAGAACCCCAGCCAGCCGAAUCAAUGCAACCCAGAGCACACACUGCCUGGAUUCCGGGCCUUUAUGACGCAAUUCUACUGGGAGUGUUUCCGCGUGGCAGGCGAGAUCUUGCAAGCACUCGCUCUGGGUCUGGAGCUGGAAGAUGAGGAAUAUCUACUGAAGAGGCACUCAGGCCAUAACAACCAACUGCGUCUGUUACACUACCCGCCCAUCCCAGCGACAGACUUGGAGACGGGGUGA